CGCACCAAGGAUAUGUAUGCGAAAGCAUGCGACUCAAAUCGGAGGGAUGUCUUGUGAGCUCCUUGCGUGCAAGCACGAUGCAGAUCUGGGUCUGGGAGGACGCUGCGCGCCGAAUCAAAUCUGAUUCAACCGAGGAGGGCACUAGACGACCGGCGACGAGUUAAUGGACUGCGGCUAGACGCCAAAGAAGCGAGGUGGCCGCAAUGGGAUGUCUGACAGGCCCGGGUAUAAUCGACAGCGAACGGACAGGUACAGCGCGGCUAUCGACCUCAAGAGCAAGCACCGCGGGGAUCUCCAGUUACGGGCAGCUGUUCCCCUCUCUUUCUCAGGCCAAGAAAUAUUAAACACAACGACGUUGACUGCACCGACCAGGCGGCUGCAGGGGUGGCAGACAAAAUUUGAUGAGCGACAGCCAAUGCCCGGUGGAGGGAAGGUUUGCAGCGAAGCAGGUGGGAGAAAAAUAAGAGGAGGUUUGUUUCGAGAGCGUUUUGGUCCCGCGCUUGGGAGUUCGGAUGGUCGAAGGCAAAACUGGGGAUGCUAAAUUUAGCAACGAGGGCAGGGCCAAAAAAGCGCCACUCUGAGAGACGGCGACUACCGAACCCAAUGACAGACGGGGGAGGCAGAAAGAGGGGAGGCAGGGAAGGGAGG